UUUAAAAAUUAGGAAAAGAAAGAAAAAAAAAAAGAAACGACGAUGUUUAAUCAAAUACGACGACGACGACGAUCGUAGACAUUUUCUUGACAACGAAUUCACUAAUUUAUUAAAAUUGUCUCUUUGUGUGUGUGUGUUAUAUCGAUAUAUUUCUAAAUUCUAAUAGAAAAUAUUACAAACAUUAUUCCUGGGAGAUUAAUAUUGUGAGAAAGUUGUUAAAUAAAGUCUGACGACAUAAAGGAAAAAUAAGUUUCAUAUUUCUUCGUAAAGAAAGGGGAAAAAAAAGAAAAAAAAAACACCUGUCUUGUGUUGAACACAAAGGAAGGUUUAAAACCGUGCGACAGGAAUAGUCAGCAGGGAAGUUUGGUGCUGAACAAGAGUUGAAGAGAAGAAAGAGGGGGAAGAAAAAGUUAGAAAGGGAAGGGGAAGAAGUGGGAAGUGGUUAGGUGAGGAGAGGAGAGGAGAGGAAAGGAAAGGUUAGGUUUGCUGGUGAAGAUCAUGAUAGAUCAUCAUACCAUGGGGCGCCAUGACAAAAAAAUGGAUUUUGCUCUAAUUGUCUACAACGCUGCGAGAGAUGGCUCCCUUCAUCGACUUAAACGAUUUUUGGAGCGGCGUGAAAAACAUGAGGUAGAAGUACUGGUUGGUACUACGACUCAUGGGGCAACCCCAUUGGUUAUGGCUUGUCGAAACGGACACUAUGACGUGGCAGAAUACCUCGUAGAAAAAUGUGGGGCUGACAUUGAACAACCUGGUUCAGUUGUUUUCGAUGGGGAAACGAUAGAAGGUGCACCACCAUUGUGGUGUGCAGCAGCAGCUGGUCAUAUUAAAUUGGUCAAAUUGUUGGUAAGACGAGGGGCUAAUGUUAAUUCAACAACGAAAACUAUUUCGACGCCAUUACGUGCUGCUUGUUUCGACGGACAUUUUGAAAUCGUUAGAUUUUUAAUAAGCAAUGGUGCAGACAUCGAAAUAGCAAAUCGUCAUGGACACACGUGUUUGAUGAUUGCUUGCUACAGAGGGCACAUUCAAAUAGCUGAAUUGUUGUUAGCAUGGAACGCGGAUGUCAAUCGAAAAUCGGUCAGGGGUAACACAGCUUUACAUGAUUGCGCAGAAAGUGGAUCUUUGGAAAUUCUUAAAUUAUUAAUCGAACACAAAGCUCAAAUGGACGUUGAUUCUUAUGGGAUGACCCCACUUUUAGCUGCUGCUGUUACAGGCAACACCGAUAUCGUCGAAUAUUUAUUAGGAAUUCCAGAAUUGAUAACACGUAAGGAACGUAUAGAUGCAUUAGAAUUACUUGGUGCCACAUAUGUUGACAAAAAAAGGGAUAUGGUGGGUGCUUUGAGUUUUUGGAAACGUGCCAUGGAUGAAAGAUAUCGAAGAAGGCACGUUAUACCAAAACCAAAGCCACAAAUGCCAGUACAGGCCUACGAUUGUGUGCAAGAAAUAUGUGAGCCAGAAGAAUUAGAUGAAUUAUUGGCAGAUCCUGAUGACAUGCGUAUGCAAGCAUUGGUGAUUAGGGAAAGAAUAUUGGGUCCUGCACAUCCAGACACAAGUUAUUAUAUUCGUUACAGAGGAGCAGUUUAUGCUGAUGCUGGAAGGUUCGAUCGUUGCAUACAAUUAUGGAAUUAUGCAUUGGAUAUGCAACAAGGAAUGUUAGAACCAUUAAAUCCGACAACGCAAAGUUCAUUCUUUAGUUUUGCUGAACUUUUUAGUUUUAUGAUAGGAGAAGAAGGUAGACAAACUAGUAGAGGACGAAGGGUACCACCAGUUAACAGAAGUGAAAUACUUAACAUUUUCUUAAAGGCUAUAGUAGAAGUUAGACAAGGCAAACAGUUAUUAGAUAAAGUUCCAUUAAGGGAACGUGAUGUAUCGUCGUUAAAUCGAAUUUUAUUGAUCACGUUACAUUUAGCAUGUCUAAUGACACGCGACAUGCCUCCAGAAGGUACACAAGAGUACGAAGCCAUACAUAAAGCCAUUUACGAUUUGGUUAAAAUCAAUGCAAAGGGCAAAGAGGAUCGUGACGCAUUGCAACUGGUGCACAGUGAUGACGUAGCAUUGGUAGGAAGGUAUCCAAUUUGCAAAUUUCACUCGCCACAUUUGACGACAGCAUUAUUGAAAGUUGGUGCCGAUGUUAAUUCAAGAGAUAGGAAUGGAAAUACUGCGUUGCAUUGGGUUGCCAUGUCGUCACCUUGGCGUCCCGAGCUCGCAAUUGCGCUUCUCGAUGCAGGUGCUCAUAUCGAUACAGUUAAUAAGGAUAAGAAAACCUUCAAGUGUUUGCUACGGAACAAGCAAAACUUUUAUUCCAUAAAUCCACUAAAAUACGUUACCUUGACGUGUUUAGCGGCUAAGGUAAUUAGAAGGUGGUGCAAGGAAGAACAACUCGACGAAAUUGUUCCCGACCAUUUAAGAUCAUUCGUUAAAAUGCAUUAGGUUUUUUAUUAUUAUAAUUAAUAAUAAUA